AUGUGUAAUAAUUGUAAAAAUCGAAUUGCUUACAAACCAAAAUUACUUGAUGGUAAAGAAGAGAUUAAAAAAUUAUUAGAAGUGGUAAAAUACCUUACACAAGAAAGAGAGGAACAAAUUUAUCCAGAUGAUGUAGUAGACAUAUUUAGAGGUGGUAAAACUGCAAAAAUAAAGCAAAAAAAAUGGGAUAGUUUGCCGGUAUAUCCAACUGAAAAAAGAAAGAUAUUAAAAACGAAAGAAUUAGUUCAAUUUGCUUUAAUAGAUUUGGUAAUUCGUGGACUAGUUCAAGAAAAAAUCAUAUUGCGAAAAACAUUUGAAAGUAGUAAAAUUUUAUCCAGCAAUAUUAUUAUAACAGGUGUAGCAUCCAGUACACAAGCAAAUGCUAAUAUGCAAACAUAG